CUUUAACAUGGCACAGAUGGGAAAGAUUGCUCCAUCUUUACUCGGAAAAGUUAAAAUAAAAUUCUCUCUACGACGGUUCACUGUCGCUAGGGUUCUAAUUUCCACUAUCGAUCUUGGUCGAGGACCGCCCAUUAGAGGAGGUGUCCGCCAUGCGUCAGCUGAGGGUGCGACACAGGCAACUGGCCGGAAGGUGAGGGUGAGAGAGCUCUCAAGGUUAAUUCGUAGAGGACGUCGUAACCCAACGGGAUUUCUGCUUCGACUGAUUGGGCCCGAUUCAGCGAGACAGACGGGAGUUCGGUGAAGAGGGGUGACGACUUCGGUUUCGGUUCAGCAGCAAUGGAUUUUUUAUGGAAUCCAUUGUCAAUCAAUAUAAGAAUAUGGCUAUAGGCGGGGAUGCUGAGGAAUUGGAUCUAAAAGGGGAAGAGAUUGGUGGACCAAUGAUGGUGGAGGAACGGCUGACUGUUCCGGUCGUUGGCACAUUGUUAACAUAUAAGAAGAUCAAGUUUCAGAUCAUCAAGGACCUUAUGGCUUUGUUGUGGAGACCGAGUAAAGGUGUGUCUAUCAAAGAAAUUGGCGACAAAAGGUAUCUCUUUACUUUCUAUCGUAUUGUGGACAUUAAAUGUGUUUUAGAGGGAGGUUCGUGGUUGUUUGAAAGAAAUCCGUUAAUUCUAAAAGAGGUUAAACCAGAGGAUAUUCAGUUCAAAAUUGAGCUCAAUGAGGCGGAAUUCUAGGUACAAGUUCACAAUGUUCCUCAUAGUUUUAUGAAGUUAUGUACUGCUAGAAAAAUUGGUAAUUUUAUUGCCAGAUUUACUAAGUAUGACUGUAUGAUGAGAUUCAAUUAGACGAAAAAUGGGAAGCUUAUUUGUGUGUUAGGGUUGGUGAGGAUGUGGGUAAACCCAUGAAGAAAGAAACAACUCUUAAGGAAGCAGGAAUUGGGCAUUGGGUAGAUUUUAAAUAUGAAAAGCUACCCAACUUUUGUUUUAUCUGUGCAAUUAUUGGACAUACCGAUAAGUUUUGCCCAUUGAUAUAUGAGGAUAACCUGGUUUUGGAAAAAACUUAUGGGGUAAAUCUGAGAGCUGUUGAAGGGGUGAAGACUAGUCCUACAGGAGGAAAUAAGUGGCUUGAGGAAGGGUCCUUUAGUGCAGUUCUGGGUUCUUCACGCAAGGAGGAUACCAAGACUGGAGGUGGAACAGGAGGGCAAGGCUGGAGGGAGUCCACAACAGGUACGGGAGAUAGCUCGACUAUAGAUGGGGAGUUUGGAAGCACGGAGGAAAUGUCAGGAGAACAAAAAUGAAGGAGGAUCUGCAAAGCACGGGAGCAGGACGAGCCAGACAGAGAUAACAUGGCUUUAGAACAAGCCAAAAAACUGGGAGGAGAUGGGCUCCGACCUUUAAGCCCGCCAAAGAAUCAGAAGCAGGUAGUAGGCUGGGGUUCGAGAUCGGUGCAGGUGCUCUAGAAGACGGAGCAGGAUUUUUAUUGUUUUGUUGUGCGUGUUUUUCAUGUUGUUGAGUACUUGGUUUUCUUUAAGUUUUAUUUUCUUUUGCGUUGUAAAACUGUGAGCUUGGAUUUGGGUGACGGGAGGUCUGCUUUAAUCGUCAUUGGUUCAGUUGCACCCAAUAAUAGAUUAGCGAGUUAUAAUGAUUCUUUGGAGGUGAUUGACUCUGUGAUUGAUUCAAGGGUAGGCGGUUGCCAGCAGACUUUUUGUCUUUUUAACCCAUAUCUGGUUGCUAUCAUAUUUUUGUUUACCAUAUGUGAGGUGACUGAGAUGACCAAGUGAAC